GUGCAGAGUUGAGCAACAAAGCCCAAAGAAAUUAAAACUAAUCAUGUACUAGACAACCAAAGUAGGCUUCAACAAUCCAAACGAAAAGGCCCAUAGACAGGUCCAAACAUUAGGACAUUCCAAAGCCCAAAAUAGAAACCCUAGCCACGGAUCAAAGAAGCCAGAUGGAGGCAGCCGUGAAGCAUCCUCCUAGGAGCAACCCACUGCAAGCGAACCUUUGGUCAUCAGAGGAAACCUCCCUAGGGAAAACCAGACACCAGACGCGGACAAGCAUCAACGCCGACCAAAGAUGAUGAAAUAGGAAAGCGAAAAGAGAAAGCUUCCUCCGGCAGAAGAUGUCUCUGGCAGAGACUGGCUGGGGAGAACUAAAAUUAGAACCACUCCAAGAUUCACUAAGCUGCAACCGAAGCACUCUCACGGACAGAAAAGUGACGGACAUUUGAAGGAAAGAGAGACCUGCAACAGAACAUGAAGCAGAGGAGCAACCCCAAUAGCAGACAGAGUGUAGCGAAAGGCAUCUGAAAGAGCCUAACCAAUCUGAGCAAGACGAAGAAACCAACAGAAAAGGCGACUUCCCUGCCCUAAACUCCACAUAUCUAUAUCCAAGGCAAACAUGCCCUUGCAUCUCCGGGACACCCGCAUUUUUAGGUGAAACAUGUGGAGGUAGAUAUCUGAAAUGAAUAGAAGAGAGCCUCCCGAAAACACGGAUCCCUCAAACACCCACCGGGAGAGAACCAACACAAAUUUAAAAAAUACCAUAAAGGUGGUGAACAAAAUCCAUCUCCGAACGAGAGGAAGAGGCAGAAACCAUCCCGAUUGGGAGGUUUAUGGCAAGAUCCACAAGGGAUUGGAGAAAGGAGAAUGCAGAAUGCAGAAAUGAAAAAAACCAAAAGACAAAGAAAAUGGGUUGUCGCCAAUCACCCGAAGAUGGACCGGCAACACCCCCCAGAAACUUUCAAAUUAAAGGAGGGUGUAAAAUGGUGUAAAACCACAGACACAUUCGUUGGAGGAUGCGGGCCAGAACAAUGCAUUUUGGAUUUUUCAGAGAAGUAUGGGAAUGUGGAUGCUGAAAAUUGCAUAUGCAACAGCACAGCUUCUGGGUCACACCAUACCUGUUCCUGUCAAGUUAUCUGUGGCUCAAUCCACAAAGGCCAUCAAAUUAACUGAUUCAAUGUAUAACAAAAUUCCAUUCAAUGUAACAAUUUGUUAAGAAAUAAAAUCAAG